AUUGGAUCAAUUCCUGGAUCCAGUCCAAUAGUUUUGUUAAGUUUUUAGAGGCUUUGAAGCUCUGCGUCAUUUGGGUGGUUUUUUGUUUGAUAUUGAAAUAUAUGGUGUGGAGUACGUGACUGGGCAAGGAAGUUAAUGUCUUGGUUCUUCAUCUGACCCCGACACUUUAGUAUCUUAAAGACAACCCACAAUAGCAAUGGCUCUCAGAUUGAUGGGACUGGCCUUAAGGCAAGCUGCAUUGCGCCCACCACAAAUGCAAUUUGCAUCCAUCCACACAUUAGAGAAAAUUGGCAAACGUGAAAUUGUCGGACACGGUUGGAAUGGAACUGCCUGCUAUGCCGAUCGCACCGACUACCCAAUGCCAGCUGUUCGUUUCCGUGAGGAUACCCCCGAAAUCUGUGCCCUCCGCGAAAAGGAGAAGGGUGACUGGAAGAAACUUUCACUAGAAGAGAAGAAAGCCCUCUACCGUGCAUCCUUCUGCCAAACCUUCUCUGAAAUGAAGGCUGGCGAUGGCCAAUGGAAAAUGCACGUUGGCAUGGUCUGUCUGUUUGCAUCGGCGGCAAUCUUCGUUGCUCUGUUGAUGAAUAUCUAUGUUUACGACGAAAUGCCAGUUACAUUCGAUGAAGAACACCAAAAGGCACAACUGAAACGUAUGAUUGCUCUUGAAGUCAACCCAGUCACUGGCUUGACGUCGAAAUGGGACUACGAGAACAACCGAUGGAAGAACUAAGGAGCGAGCGUAUUUCUAGAUGCAGUUUGCUAACUUUAAUUGUAUUAAUAAUUAUUGAAUACAAGGAACACUAAAAUCAACCAACCAACAUGCAUUGUGUAUCUUCUCCCACAAAUUAAUUUAAAGAUCGUAAGAGACCGUUGUAUGUAUUUAAUUCCUGUUGAGAGUCAGUCAUCGUUUGUAAGUUGCUAUCACGAGGUAAUAAAAAUAUGGAAGAUUCCGUUUAAGCGAAUGGAA